AUGGUGGCGACCAUCUCCAAGCUCUUGCUGCUUCUCGGUGCGACCGCCACGGCCGUCGUCGGCGACUGCGGUACGGCGCGCGCGCCCACAGCCCACUUCCAAGUGCUCUCGUACAACGACGUGUACGAGAUGAAGAACGAGAGCGACGCUGCGCAGUACGGUGUCCUCGUCGGUGGCCCCUCGCGUGUCAUCCCGGUGGCCCAAAAGCUCCGCAAGAACUUUGCCAACAGUCUCAUCAUUUUCGCCGGUGACACCAUGUCGCCGUCGCUCUGGUCGGGUCAGUUCAAGGGUCUCCAGAUGAUUGAGGCCCACAACGCAAUUGGCGUCGACUUCGCGUGCCUCGGCAACCACGAGUUUGACUUUGGCAUCGACGCGUUCCUGAACGUCUCGGCCGCCUCCAAGUUUCCGUGGCUCAACAUCAAUGCAUACGAGGUCGCCACCAAGCAGCUCCUUCGCGGAACCCAAAAGUACGCGACCAAGGAGUUCAACUCGGCGACGAUGGGCAAGAUCAAGAUCGGCGCGUUCGGCGUCAUGUACGACAUGCAGGAUGCGACCACGGGCAUGUACUGGACGGACCCGAUCGCGGCGUCCAAGGACGCUGUCAAGUACCUCCGCGAGGUCGAGAAGGUCGACAUGGUCAUUGCGCUCACGCACCAGUUUCUGGACGACGACAACCGCUUCUCGCAGCAGGUCAAGGGCAUCGAUAUGAUCUACGGCGGCCACGACCACACGGCGAUGCUCCAGUCCAACUUUGGUACUCCGUACCUCAAGUCGGACCUCAACUUUCGCAGCAUUUGGGUCUCGGACAUCAAGUACUAUGGCCCGUUGACCGAAGGCAAGAACAAGUACGCGCCGUUCACCAAGAUGAGCCACAAGAACCUCCAGAUCACAAACGAGAUGCCGUCCGACCCGGCGUUCGACGCGGUCAUCGCCACAUACGAUGCCAAGAUCAACGAGCUCUUCAAGCGCAAGGCCUACUACAAGAAGGUCACGGUCGAUGUCGGCUACAUGAACGCCGGUGGUAUCCGCACGGACAUGGUCUGGCCGGCUGGUCCCUUCUCGCUCGGCGAUCUCAUCUCGUGGUCGCCGUUCGGCAACAUGAUCGCGGUCAUCUCAACGGAUGGCGCGAGCUUCAAGAAGUUUCUGGCCAGCCAGCUCGCGCCGACGUGCAACCAAGGCACUGCCGCGUUGAACGGGUUUUACCCGCAGAUCUCCGGUGUCAAGGUCACGUACAAGUGCAGCGGUAAGGGCAUGGGUGCGAUCACGAGCCUCAAGUGGGACGACAAUAAGAACGGCAAGUCGGGCGACAUCAAGGAUGCGGACUCGGUCAACAUGUCCCUCUCAACGUACAUGAAGGGUCUCUUUGACGACGCUCUCAACAGCACGGCCAAGUACGUGAUUGACGCGAACGAGGCGACACGCAUCGACCUCGUCCUCGAGACCUACACGAAGGUCAAAGAAGGCGUCGUGUGCCCCAACCUCGAAGGCCGCAGCUCGAUUUCGUUUAAUUCGAGUCGUUCCCACGCCGCGCUCAAGGAUCUCGCGCAGACGCCCCGCGAAGCGGGCAACCUCCUCGCCCACACGGUCGCCGAUGCCAAUGACUCGGACUUCAUCUGCCACGACGCUGCUGCCAUGACCAGGAUCAAAGCGGCGCGCCAUCCGUGUCCGCCCGGUGGGCCUCUAGAACUCAAGAUGAAUGAAGACAAGACGGAAGAAACGAAGGUAUUCAGGUCGACGCAGGCUGAUGCGCCGACGCACGCAGCCUCUCUGGCGUGGCACACGACCAAGAAGCUUGGUGGCACGUGGGCCCUGACGCCAACGCGUCUGAUGGGUCUUGACAGCCUCCAUCGCCGGCAGCUGCGUCGUCUUCUAGGUAUCUUUCACCGGCACACGCUCGCCGACGUCGCGCUCUACGACCGCUGCAACAGUAUCCCGCUGAGCGAGAUCGUUACCCACCAGCGCUGGCGCCUGCUAGAGCACGUGCUGGGCGUGAAGGACGACGCCCCUGCCAACAUUUGCCGCCGCCCGCUUCUUUCCCGCGUCCAAAGCGCCCCUUUUUGUAGGCCGUGCCAAGAUCGCGUUGCCAAUUGUCUUGCACCGCGACCUCCAGUCGUUGACGCCGCCUCAGUCGCCGGCGUCUCUCAAGCUGCGUAG